GCAUAAUGCUGGUUGAAUUUGCAUUGUCAAUAUUGUGAAAUGAAUAACCGGAAAAAUUGGAAUCUAUUUCAAAAUAAUCAGCUAAACUAGAUCAUGAAUCGUCAAUAUGAGAAAAUUUGACUCAUUUUUAUCCGGCAAAUUUCAACUUUGCCAUCCAAUGGUAAUUAAAUCAAGAAGAAAAAUUGAUUUACUUUCACCCGCAUGAUUGUAAUGAUACUUAACUGAAAUGUUUGCCGAUUUAAUUUGCUUUUUGCUGAAAACUUCACAGCUCAACAACAGUUUAUCCUUUAGCUUAACAACUACAAUUAACUACUUUUUGUUACAAUGAUUUCGUCUAAAUUAAUUGUCAUCUCUCUUCUUGUUACAUUUACCUUGGCUUUCCAGUCACCAACACCUUCACCAGUAGGUUUACCUCCGGCUGAUUUGCUUGAAGAUUUACGUAAAAUAGCUGAACAGAUAACCGGUGAUCCUGAAAAUUUGGAAAAGCUAACCCAACAGUUGAAACAACUGUCAGCUAACAACAAGAACCUAGCCAAGUUGAUUGAAGAGCAGAUGGCCACCGCAAAACCAGUCCAAGAAGCGGAUAAAAAGGCACCAGGACCACCUCAACCAGGAAGCAACCCAUUGGUAUCCAUUCAAGCCCGAAUCAAUGCAUUUGUUGAAUCAAUGAACCAAUUUUUCACCAACAUGAGAACAAUGUUUGAACGAGUUCCAAUUCCUGACAAUGCCAGUAUCAACCCACUCAAAGCAAUUCAGUCAAUGGAAAGUCAAUUUCAAAAUAUGUUCGAGAGAUUCAGAAACAACAAUCCUUUGGCUAUCGGUCUUACUGGCCAGCAAGAGGUUGGUACUAAUAAUGUUCAGACCGAAUCUAACAAAGACAAAGUUUCGACUUAUUUUUAAUCUUCAUUAAAACAUGAUCUAUAUUUUAUACGAUAAACGAUUUGGUGAUCUUUUUUCUUGAGUGUUCUUGUUGAUUCCUUGAACAGAUUCAUAUUUAAAUAUCGUAAU